CGAAUAAUUUGUAAAAGUAUUAAGUGACAUUGAAUAAUUUAGUUUUAAAAUGAGUUCAAUAGAAAAUCCUCUACUGAAUAUCUCACCGGAAAUCGUUAAUAAUAUUAGGAAGAUUUAUAAUCUCGAUGAUCCAAAGAGGUUGAAUGAAGCCAUCAAAAUUCUGGAAGAAUGGAUACAGAAACAGCCUCAUAUUGUAAAAAAGGAUUUUGAAAAGCGGUUCUUAGAGUCGGCGCUGAUAACAUGCAAGGGGUCUGUUGAGAAGGCGAAGAGGCAGAUAGAUCUUUUAUGCACAAUGAAAACUAUGGUACCACGGUUCUUUGCAAGGCACAACUUGAAAACUGAAUUACAACCAGCUUUGGAGAAAGUAUGGCACAUACCCCUUCCACAACUGACAGAAGAUUACUGCAGAAUAGUCUGGAUCAAAUCAUUCACUAAUGAUUUCUCGUCUGAUGACAUUCUACAAUUUUUCCAAUAUACUAUCGUUCUCGCCGAAUACGCUCGAGCUAAUGAUUACGUGAACGGUUAUAUAUUAAUAGUGGACUACCGUGAUUGGAAUAUGUUCAAACUAAUCACAAGGAUGACUACUCCCGAUGUUCAACCAUUCAUCAACGUUUUAACUAAAGGUUACGGUGGGAGAUUGAAGAAUGUGCACAUAAUAUCUGAUUCUAAAGCUGUGGAAGUCCUUGUAGCAACUGUCAAACAGUUAAUUAGUGAGAAGCUUGGUAAAAGAAUUCAAGUGCACAAGAAUUUAGAGGAAUUACAUAAAGUAGUGCCUAAAGAUCUUCUGCCAGAAGAAUUUGGAGGGAAACAAAAGUCUUGUGAGAAAAUACAGGCUGAAAUUGUGGAUGAAUUGGCUUCUGAUAGACAUAUACAAUACUUGAAGGUAAUGUCAAAAGCUUGCACGGACGAGUCCAAAAGAAAUACGGGAAAGUUUAAUGAAGAAUACAUGGGCAUGCCUGGAUCCUUCAGGAAUUUGACUGUUGAUUGAUCAUAUUAUCUCUGCCUUG